CAACGUGUAGAUUUCAGUUCCAUUUGACAGAAGCUCUUCCGGUGUCAUGGCGUGCUACACAAGAGUAUUAAAGUGCAAACAAAAUCUUUGAAUCUUGUUAGUUUUUAGUGUUCCUCAUCCAGCAAUCGAAAUGGGGGAACAGCCAAUCUUCACGUGCAAGGCCCACGUGUUCCACAUCGACCCAAAAACGAAACGUUCAUGGAUCCCAGCAUCUUCUUCCGCUAUCAAUGUCUCUUUCUUCUACGACUCGACAAGAUCCCUCUACAGAAUCAUCAGCGUUGAAGGCACCAAAGCAGUGAUCAAUAGCACCAUUACACCGAACAUGACGUUCACGAAAACGUCCCAGAAAUUUGGCCAGUGGUCGGACGUUCGUGCCAACACCGUUUACGGACUUGGAUUCCCUUCAGAAGCCGAACUCAAUAAGUUUAUAGAGAAAUUCCAAGAAGUCAAAGAAGCUACGAAGAACAUCAGCGGGACGUCGCCAGGUAAGACGUCGACUAGCGCUACCAACGGUUCAACUCCGACGCCAGCAGCGCCUACUAGCAUGACAAACUCGACCUCUGCCAGCGCAAAUGCUUCGCCCGUUAACAGCCGUUCGGCCAUGGCCGCCGUCGGCCUUGGCAGUGGAGCCACUCCAACCGCCUUCACCAAUGACGACAAAGACGCUAUGGCCGUCAAACAAGAAUAUCAGACGGAUGGGAGUACAUCGCCGGCCGGUGCCGUCUCACCAGCUCUCCUCAAGUCGGCCCUCGUGACUCAUCAGCGUUCUCAGAGCUUAUCGGGACUGCAGCCUCCAGCUGAUAGUCCCAAACACCAGCAAAAGAUCGAUAAAAACUCUCCGGGGUCCAACAACAACAUCGGAGGUGCUGUUGGAGUUGCUGCAUCUCUGAGCGCAGUGGGCAGCAGCGCGACUCUACCUUCGCAGGGUGCCCAUCUCCCUUUGGGAUCGGUUGAGGCCCAGCUGAAAUAUGAAAAUGACCGUCUCAAGCUUGCGCUGGCACAAAGCUCAGCCAAUGCGAAAAAAUGGGAGGUGGAACUGGCCACGCUAAAAAAUAACAAUGCGCGUUUGACCAGUGCUCUCCAAGAAUCGACGGCCAACGUCGAAGAAUGGAAACGACAGCUACAGGCCUACAAGGACGAAAAUCAGCGUGUCAAGUCCAAGAUCGUUGAACUGGAGGCCGGUCGUGGCCCGCCCAUCAGCAGCGAAGGCGGCAGCGAUUUGAAGCGCGAAGUGGCCACCUUGCGACUUAAGAUCGAUUCGCUCGAGACGGAACUACGUGCCAAGGACGACGAAAUCCGCCGGCUCAGCAGCGAGAUGCGUGAGAUGAGCCUGAGCGUCGACAGAGUCAAGAUUCUUGAGGAGGAAAACUGCCGACUGGAAGCCAAUGGCGAAUUGGUACGGAGCCAACUCGAUGCCAUGGCGGCAGCCAACGACACCCAGCGGCGCAUCCUGGAGGCUCUCAACGCCCAGCUGCUGGACAAAGUCCACGAGCUGACACACAUCCACCGCGAGAUCCACACGGCGCUGGAGACCUGACAAAGUUGACCCGACGGCCCGCUAUUGCCUCUCCUGGAUGGCAGCAGAGGCAACGAAGAAGACGUGGACGGCCAAAUGGCCGCCCUCAUCUCUGAUCUCACGAGCAUUGAAGCGUUCUCCAAUCUUAAACCGCUAAUGUGGGCCGAUGAACUUGACGACACUGUCGAAUUGCCGGGUCCUCGGUCCGAAAUGACUUUUUGACUCUUUCAUAAUGCUUUUUUUUUCUUUCCCCCUCCCCUCAAUUAUUCUGGCAAAUUUACUUUAGCCUGAUUUUCUUUUUUUUUUAAGCGGGCUUUUAUUUCGCUUUUUUUUCGUGCGUGCUUUUGUCCGGUUUAUUAUUUUUUUUUAUUCGCUUCUUUUGCGCUAUUUGAGGUAGCUUGGUUAAACGCAACUAUUUUGGUUAAUUUUAGGUAAUUUUUAGGUGAACAAAAACGGUGUCCUCUAAAUUUUGAUUUAAACCCCUUUUUUUAUCGGCAUUUGCCACGACUGGCCAAUGAUUUUCCCCAGUAUACUCCCAAUUAUUAUGAUUAUUUUUCCAAGGUUUGACGAUUCGCAGACCUUAUUUAAUGUGGGUUAUUUUUUUUCUUGUAUCUUCUGUGUGAAUGUAAGGAUGACUUAUAAUCGAUUUCCGUAUUCUGGCAUGCUUCUUACUGUUUUCCUUUUCUAGUGACUCGUGUUUUGUCGACUCACUCGCGUCGUUUUGAGAGAAGCGGCGCCGGGUUUUAUUGGCGUGUUCAAUCGGGCAUUGCUCAACAAAGUAACAGCUCUCACACAUUUCUACUCCUUUUGAUUGACCUCACUUUCUUAAUUUAUUAACCCAUCUCCCUUUUUUUUCGAAAUUACGCUUGGCUUGUGGAGAAAAGCUAAUAGAAUUCUAGUUGACUCGUAGGUAUAAAAAAAAACCUUUCGCUAAAGGACAAAUGGUUCGCCAUGACAGGUACGAAGGAUUUUCAAUCGAAAGAGUCUCAAUAUGUUCAUUGCGACACAUUGAAAUGCUUGCGUACCAUCCGUAAUUCUUCCCUGUUUUUGUGGUCACUGGUCCUCUUCCAUCUAUUGUUGACGUGUGUGUGUGUGUGUGUUCGUUAGUGCAAAUUUCUCGGUUUUUUUAAAACUCUAUUACGUUCCAACUGUGUCGAUUGCAUUUCGUUCCUGCAGCUCCGUGUUCUUCUAUGUCCCCUUCCCCACACAUCAGUAUGCUUUAGAUGAUUAUAUCUAAUGUGUUGUACCUUUUUUCGUUGUAAGCCGCGGGACCGCUAUCAUUCUAUACCUACCACUAGGUGGCUCUCAGUGGCUCCCUAGCGGAAAUUCGAUGCCAACUUCUUGGAACUUAUUAUAAUAAUUCAAAAACAUAAAAAUAAACAAACAAGAAAA